AUGGUUGACUCUAGUGGUAAUUGGAGGUGGCCGGUUGCUUGGUAUGAUCUUUUCCCAGUUCUUUUAAAUCUUCAUAUUCCGGUUCUUCAUGACAUGCAGGAUCGGCUGAUUUGGAUUAACUCUGAAGGAAAAUCAUGUCACUACUCUUCGUGGGAGGUCUGGAACAAUAUUCGGUAUCGUGAGAAUGUCGUUUCUUGGAAAAAUAUGGUUUGGUUUAAACAAUGCAUCCCAAGGCACUCGUUUCAUUUGUGGAUGGUCAUUAGAAAUAAGUUGAAAACUCAGGAUAGAAUGUCCAUUUGGGAGGCGGGUAGUGCUACAAACCUGAAUCUCAUGUGUUGCCCGUUAUGUCAUCAUGACCGGGACUCGAGGGAUCACCUAUUUUUUGAAUGUUUGUAUUCUAAGGUGGUUUGGGUUGGCAUUAGGGAAUUGGCGAAUAUGGGCGAUGUUAAUUACCGAUGGGAUGACAUAAUGAAUUGGAUGGAUCAAAACUCCACUAGUCAGCCAGUCAAUGUUGUGAGCAGAUUGGUGGUUGCAGCGGCUUCCUACUACGUGUGGCAAGAACGGAACUCUAGGCUCUUCACUCGGAAUCAACGUACGGCGAUAGUCUUAUCUCAGGAGAUCAUUAAAACUGUUCGUAUGCGGCUCAUGACCUUCAAAUUCAAACAGGGAUUUGCGAAUAGAAGUCUCCUUCAGAAGUGGAACAUUCCUAGCAGUAACUUGGAUAUUGAUCCUGGCUAG